AUGUCCCAGCUGAAAAUACUGCUCGUCCAUUCCAACCAAUUAGAAGGCAGAGCGCUAAUACAAGAUGUGCUUCCCCAACUCACCCAACUAGAGUGGUUGUGUAUCAAUGGCAACCUUCUCUCAGGCUCUAUUGCAACAGAAAUUGGUUUGUUGUCUAGUCUUCAGAAGCUUGAACUGCAAGAUACCAACCUAUCUGGAACCCUUCCCAAAGAACUAGUUUUGUUGGACAACUUGACCAGCCUGGUAGUCAUGAACACAUCCUUGACAGGCAGUAUCCCUGAUGGAUUAUGUGGUGUCAUAGUCUCGUCACUUGAAAUGAAACCUAUUGGUGGGAAUGACUAUACUGUUCCGGCAACCAACCUAAGAGUCUUCAAUCUUACACUCUUUGACGCUGGUGCGGAUAUCCCAAUUUCCGCCAGUCUCAUGGAAUCUCGUAAGAGUUCGUUCAAGUUUUUCAGGUCCAUGAGGUCUAACAACUGGGUCGAAUCUGCCUCCAAUGCUGCUUCCAAGCCUGCCCGCACCUUUUCUCGGUCCAGUUUGCACCAGUUCGUGGACCUCUCCACAGCGGCAGCAUCACAUACUUCCUCGGGUUGCCGAGCUUGA